AUGAAGAUCGUGAUUUCAAAGAUGUACACGGUGGCGAAGUGUGAUAUUUUCUUGAUAUUUCUAUUUUUCAAAGCGAACUUCAGCUGCUCGUCAGAUAAUUUUUUUGAACGCCUAUUUUCAAAAACCGAGUACCAUUACUUAGAUGUUCCACAUUUUGGAACAACGAAGGUACAUGACGAGCUUGCGUGCGUUUUUCAAUGCCUCAGGAGCCAAAGAUGUCUUUCAGUAAACAUGGCCACCUCUGAGGAAGCAAAUGGAAACCUUUGGUGUGAGUUGCUGUCGUCUGUAAAGGACAGGAAUGUCAAAGAGUUUAAAGAAAACAAGAGUUCGCAUCACUUUUCCAUUAUGUCGACUUGCCCAUCCUCGAGGUGUCUCAACAGAGGCACCUGUCUAUUAAAUGACAUUGGAAAUGAUCCAUUUGAAUGCCUUUGCGAGGAAGGUUAUGUGGGAAAAUACUGCAAUACAAUUGCGAAGUCAUGCAAAGAGCUCAGUGUAGCUUACAAUUUAAACUUGAAUCGACUGGUCACGCUUCACUUUGACUCCAAAGCAAUCUCCAUUUACUGUCACACUGGAGAUUUCGGGUGUGGAGAUGGAGCAUGGACGCCAGUCAUGAAGAUUGACGGCAGCAAGAGCACCUUUCACUACAGCUCAAGCUACUGGACGGAUAAAAUUGAAUACAGCGUCUUGGGAGGAGCAACUAGAUUUGAUUCACUAGAGACCAAGCUACCGACCUACUGGAACACACCCUUUUCAAAGAUCUGUCUUGGUAUGAAGAUUGGGCAACAGCUCAACUUUAUCGUCAUCGAGAGGCAGGCUGACUCUCUGUACUCACUGAUCGCUGACGGGCAAUAUCGCAACACAUCACUGGGUCGUGAGAAGUGGAAAUUGCUGAUUGGUUCACAAGCCUCUUUACAGUACCAUUGUGAUAAGGAAGGGUUCAACGCUGUUUGUAGCUGGAGUGAAACGUCCAAAGCUAGAAUUGGUAUCUUGAGUAACAAUGAAGAUCUUUGCUCCAGUUGUGAUUCCAGAAUCGGCUUUGGGACGGGAGGGACUCCAGAUGAUUCGAACACAUGCGGAAACUCCGUAGUGUACCUACCAGAUAACGGUAAUAAACUCAUCAAGGCCAUGGGAUAUAUCUUGGUUCAGUGUCAUGUACACGUCGAAAAAAAACGCUUUUUUAGCAAUAUAAAUAAUUAA